AUGACUGCCCUACCAGAUCCGACCGUUGACCUUGACUGGUCCGGCUAUGUCGGAUCAGUUCAAGAUAUUUUUGCACAAAACGCCAAAAGCCAUCCCGAUCGCACAUGCGUCGUCGAAACUGCCUCCGCUGAAGGCCCGGAGCGACGAUUCACAUAUAAACAAAUCUAUGAAGCAUCAAACACACUAGCCCACUACCUUCAUGAUGCGGGCAUCACCAAUGAUGAUGUUGUCAUGAUUUUCGCCCAUCGAUCAGUCGAUCUUGUUGUCGCUAUCAUGGGAACAUUGUCCUCCGCAGCCACCUUUACAGUCCUGGAUCCUGCAUAUCCCCCAGCCAGACAGAAAAUAUAUCUCGAAGUCGCCCAGCCUCGCGCAUUAAUCAACAUUGGAAGAGCAACCGAUGAAGCUGGUGUUCUUGCCCCCAUCGUUCGGAGUUAUAUUGAUGAUGAAUUGAAUCUCAAGGCUGAGGUGCCAUCACUUCGCCUCGGUGACGAUGGAACCCUAUCUGGUGGAGAGAUCGACGGAAAGGAUGUAUUUUACGAAGCUCGACAAAAGGCAUCCGCUCCUCCUCCUACUCAAGUCGGACCUGACAGUAAUCCCACAUUGUCCUUUACUUCGGGUUCGGAAGGACGACCAAAGGGUGUUUUGGGUCGACAUUACAGUCUCUGCAGAUAUUUUGCUUGGAUGGCCGAGCGCUUUGGACUGAGCUCAGAAAGCAAAUUUACUAUGCUUAGUGGAAUUGCGCACGAUCCGAUUCAGCGAGAUGUUUUCACACCAUUAUUUUUGGGUGCUCAAUUAUUGGUCCCCUCACGAUCUGAUAUCGCCCACGAAAGACUGGCAGAGUGGAUGGCCAAGUACUCGCCAACAGUGACUCACUUGACUCCAGCUAUGGGACAAAUUCUUGUCGGUGGAGCGAGCGCAACUUUCCCUAGCCUCAAGAGUGCUUUCUUUGUCGGAGAUGUCCUGACCACAAGAGAUUGCAAAGCGCUGCGAGCCCUUGCUGAAAAUGUCAAUAUCAUCAACAUGUACGGAACGACUGAAACGCAGCGUGCCGUGAGCUAUUACUGCAUUAAGAGCAGAGCCGAGGAUCCAAACGGUAUGGACCAUCUCAAGGAUACCGUUCCAGCAGGAACAGGUAUGCAAAAUGUGCAAUUACUUGUCGUCAACCGCGAAGACCGAAACAAGUUGUGUUCAGUCGGGGAGACUGGUGAAAUUUACGUCCGUGCAGCUGGCCUGGCUGAAGGAUACCGCGGUGAUCAAGCUUUGAACGAUCUCAAGUUCGUGCAGAAUUGGUUCGUUGACAACAACAAAUGGGUUGAGGCAGACCAAAAAAACAACAAAGGCGAGCCAUGGAGAAAAUAUUACAAAGGACCACGAGAUCGUCUAUAUCGAACUGGUGACCUGGGUCGCUACUUGGAAUCAGGCGAUGUCGAAUGUACCGGCAGAGCUGACGAUCAGGUCAAAAUCCGUGGCUUCCGAAUUGAACUCAACGAUAUUGACAGCAACUUGAGCCAAAAUCCCAUGAUUAGAGACUGCAAGACCCUUGUUCGAAGAGAUCGAAACGAGGAGCCAACACUGGUCAGUUACAUUGUACCGGAGAUGAAACUAUGGCCACAAUGGCUAGAAUCUCAUGGUUUGGAAGACAUUCCCGACGAGGGUACUGAUUUUGGUGUCACUAAAGUCUACCUCAAAAAAUUCCGAGCAAUGCAGACCGAGGUCAGAGAUCAUGUCAAGGGCAGACUCCCCAGUUACGCAGUACCCAGUCUCUUUAUCUUCUUGAAGGCGUUGCCAUUGAAUCCGAACGGCAAGGUCGAUAAACCGAACCUUCCUUUCCCCGAUAUUUCCGAACAGACAGAGGUUGCCUCUGCUGAAGAUAUCAAGCGAUGGGAGUCUCUGACAGACACUGAAAGGACUGUCGCAACAAAAUGGGCUACUCUGGUUCGCGGUUUGAACGAAAAGAAAGUAUCUCCCGAUGACGAUUUCUUUACUCUUGGUGGUCACAGUUUGUUGGCGCAGCAGAUGUUGCUUGACAUUCGCAAGGAGACUGGAGCACAGGUUUCGAUCAACACCCUUUACGAACACUCGACAUUGCGAGCUUUCAGUGCUCAAAUCGACAGGCAACUCCGUGGAGGAGAAACCCAAGAAGAGAGCCAAGAGGAUCCCGCUUAUGCAAAGUCUUUGGACCACUUGCUCACGACACUGCCGGAGAAGUUCCAAACCGCUGACCCAUCUACCGUACGAGCAUCUGCAAAUCCGACAGUUUUGAUUACCGGAGCAACUGGUUUCCUAGGAGGCUUCAUCAUCAAGGAUCUUCUCGAGCGAAACACACGACAAUUCCGUAUCAUUGCACAUGUCCGUGCUAAGGAUGCGGAAUCUGGUAUGGCACGUCUCGAACGUUCACUCAAGGGAUACGGUCUAUGGAAAGACGAGUGGAAAUCGCGCAUCAGCUGUGUUGCAGGAGAUCUUUCUAAGCCGCAGCUAGGCCUGAGCGACGAGGAAUGGCAAAGAUUGGCUCAAGAAGUAUCCGUAGUCAUCGCCAACGGUGCUACAGUCCAUUGGGUGAAGCGUUACCAGGAAAUGAUGGCUGCUAAUGUCCUGUCAACCAUUGAAGCUAUGAAGCUUUGCAACAUUGGCAAGCCCAAGAUCUUUACAUUCGUGUCUUCUACCAGUGUACUUGAUACCGAACACUAUGUUACUCUUUCUGAGAAACAAAUCGGCACUGGCGAGGGUGCUAUAUCUGAGGAAGAUGAUAUGCAGGGUAGCCGUCGCCACUUAGGCACUGGUUAUGGUCAGACUAAGUGGGUUUCUGAGCACCUUGUUAGAGAGGCAGGUAAGAGGGGUCUUCGAGGUUCCGUCAUUCGAGCUGGAUAUAUUCUAGGAUGUUCCCAGACUGGAACUUGCAACACCGACGAUUUCCUCAUCAGAUUCUUGAAGGGAUCUAUUCAAUUACACUCUCGCCCUCGCAUCGUCAACACAGUCAACUCCGUCCCAGUCAACCACGUCGCUCGCGUCGUUGUGGCAGCUGCCCUCAACCCUCUAGAAGGCGUCAAAGUCGUUCAUGUCACCGGCCAUCCCCGACUCCGCAUGAACGAAUACCUCUCAAUCCUCGAAUACUACGGUUACGAUGUUCCAGAAAUCAGCUACGAAGACUGGAAGCACGAUCUUGAAAAAUACGUUUCUGCCGGUGGCCAAGAAAAGGAUCAAGAACAGCACGCUCUCAUGCCACUGUUCCACUUCUGUGUCAACGAUCUACCAGGAAAUACCAAGGCGCCCGAACUCGAUGAUCGGAAUGCAGUCAAGAUUCUCAAACUGGAUGCAGACCACUGGACAGGCGUUGAUGAGAGCGCCGGUUACGGAAUUAGUCGCGAGGAUGUUGGUCGUUAUUUGCGGUAUUUGUGUGAGACUGGUUUCAUUAGCUGGCCUACGGGAAGAGGUCGACCACUUCCAGACAUCCGUCUUACUGCCGAUCAGCUGCAGGUUGUGGGAGCCGUUGGAGGUCGUGGUGGUGGUGUUUCUCAGUAA